UGUAGAAUCACUCUUCUAAACAUCUGUUAUUGCACAGGGUCCUGAAUCCUUCAGGGCCAAUUUGGGUGUGAAAAGUCUCACUAAGGACUGACUUGGUGGCAAGUGGCAGAAACCAACUCCAACUGAACAGAUCUAGUUCCUUUUCUGUCAUCUCAUUCUUAAUUAUAAACCAUGGAGAACGAAGAUAAAACAAUUGAACACGAAGAUUCGGAACCAUCCACGGGGGUGAAAAACACAAUGUCCACGUAUCAAGAAGCACAGGAGGAAACAAUUAUGAACCCCAAAGGUAUAGAUGGAAAUGAACCAACAGAAGGAAGUAACCUACUGAAUAGCGGUGAAAAAAUGCAACAGGAAACAACACCUGAACCAAAUCAUUUGCAAAGAAUAAGACAGACAUUUGCUUGCCCACCACAUGGCUUACUGGACAGCAUAGUAACAAAUGUUACCAUGGUGGUUCUUCUGUGGGCUGUCGUUUGGUCAAUUACUGGCAGUGAAUGUCUUCCUGGAGGAAACCUGUUUGGGAUUAUAAUUCUAUUCUAUUGUGCCGUCACUGGAGGUAAACUUUUUGGGCUCAUUAAGUUGCCUACAUUACCUCCGCUGCCUCCUCUUCUGGGCAUGCUGCUUGCUGGGUUUCUCAUCAGAAAUAUCCCUGUCAUCAGUGAUAACAUACAGAUCAAGCACAAGUGGUCUUCGGCUUUGAGAAGCAUUGCCCUCUCUGUCAUAUUAGUUCGCGCUGGCCUUGGGCUUGAUUCAAAUGCCCUGAAGAAGUUGAAGGGUGUUUGCGUAAGAUUAUCCAUGGGUCCUUGUCUCGUGGAGGCGUGUUCAUCUGCUCUUCUUGCCCAUUUCCUCAUGGGUUUACCAUGGCAGUGGGGAUUUAUGCUGGGUUUUGUUGUAGGCGCUGUAUCCCCAGCUGUCGUGGUACCCUCCAUGCUCCUUUUGCAAGAAGGAGGCUAUGGUGUUGAAAAAGGCGUCCCAACCUUGCUCAUGGCUGCUGGCAGCUUCGAUGACAUUCUGGCCAUCACUGGCUUCAACACCUGCCUGGGCAUGGCCUUUUCCACAGGUUCCACAGUUUUUAAUGUCCUCAAGGGAGUUUUGGAGGUUGUAAUUGGGAUGGCAGCUGGAUUCCUUCUUGGAUUUUUUAUUCAGCAUUUUCCAAGCAGUGACCAGGACAAGCUCGUAUGGAAGAGAGCGUACCUGGUCCUGGGGCUGGCAGUGCUGGCUGUGUUCAGCAGCACGUAUUUUGGUUUUCCUGGGUCUGGAGGACUCUGCACAUUGGUCAUGGCUUUCCUCGCGGGCAAGGGAUGGGCCAGCACAAAGGUAGAUGUUGAAAAAAUUAUAGCAGUUGCCUGGAGCAUUUUUCAGCCCCUUCUUUUUGGACUGAUUGGAGCGGAGGUUUCCAUUGCAUCUCUCAGACCAGAAACUGUAGGCCUUUGUGUUGCCACCCUGGGCAUUGCAGUAUUGAUACGAAUUUUGACCACAUAUUUGAUGGUGUGCUUUGCUGGUUUUAACAUUAAGGAAAAGAUAUUUAUUUCUUUUGCAUGGCUUCCAAAGGCCACAGUACAGGCUGCAAUAGGAUCUGUGGCUUUGGACACAGCAAGGUCACAUGGAGAGAAAGAGUUAGAAGGAUAUGGAAUGGAUGUGUUGACAGUGGCAUUUUUGGCCAUCCUCAUCACGGCCCCAAUUGGAGGUCUACUUAUUGGUUUGCUAGGCCCCAGGCUUCUCGAAAAAGCUGAACAGAAAAAUAAAGAUGAAGAAGAUCAAGGAGAGACUUCUAUACAAGCUUAAAGGUGAAAAGAGAGAAUGCUGAAUAUAAUUAUUCGAAAGAUGCCAGCAGCGGCUACUCUUAUCCAGAUGGAUAUUGACAUAUGUAGUGUUUAAGCUUAAAAUGUAAUAGAACCAAAUGUGUGCCAGUUUCUUUAAGCAGCAGUUUUAGCCAUUACCCUUUCCCUAUGGGGCUAUGAGGGUAAUGUUCUACAUCUCCAA